CACGCUAAUGUAAAAGGUGCGAGGACGUAUAUGUCCCACCCUAAGGCUCAUUAAACGGAAGGAAUUAUUAUUAACGUGACAGCAAGUAUUAUUAAUGCAUCAGAAAUGUUUGUUGCGUAAAAACGCAGGCAAUGAAAUAAAUAGUACAGACUUUCUCCUCUCCUUUAUAAUAGCUUACCUGUCUUAGGACUGGGACCUCCGCUGCUUGCAAACUGUCGCCCAGCUCAACCCUUGUCACCCAUUAAGGUAAUCUAAAUAUUCUGGGCACACCUUUCCGCAAGGACCUGGACUGCUGAACUGGAACGCUCAAAUUCAGACGUGACUACUGCCCUUCGUCCCACACUCCCCCCGCCGGUCGCCUACUUAUUUAAAUGGUGCUUCCCCUCGGGCGCCACUUGAAGUCCGUGCUCUUAGCAAGUUUGUCAGACGUGGCUGCGGGCUCCAGUCCUCACCUGCCGGACGUCCCGGGCGCCUUGGCCAUCCCGGCCGCCCAGCCCGGUCGCGCACCUGUGAGCACUCAGCGCGGCGGGGAACCCCCUGAACCCCCAGACCCGGGUUUAGGGGCGCGGCCGGCGUGGUGGGCGCAGGGAGCAGCCCAGUUGGGGAGCCCGCAGCCCGUCGGGGAUAAGAACCGGCGCCGGCGGCCGAGCCACAGCGCCAGGCUCGGGGGGAGUCGCGGGGCCAUGGCCGCGCCGCAGGACAUCGGCACCUUCGCGGUGUGGGACUACCUGGUGUUUGCCGGCAUGCUGGUGGUCUCGGCGGUCAUCGGCGUCUACUACGCCUUCGCGGGGGGCGGCCAGCAGACCUCCAAGGACUUCCUGAUGGGCGGCCGCAGCAUGAGCGCCGUGCCGGUGGCGCUGUCCCUCUCGGCCAGCUUCAUGUCGGCGAUCACCGUCCUGGGCACCCCCGCGGAGGUCUACCGCUUCGGGGCCGUGUACAGCAUCUUCGCUGUCACCUACUUCUUGACGGUGCUGCUCAGCGCCGAGGUCUUCCUCCCCGUGUUCUAUAGACUGGGGGUUACCAGCACCUACGAGUACUUAGAACUUCGAUUUAACAAAUAUGUUCGUCUCUGUGGAACAAUCCUCUUCGUUGUUCAAACUAUUCUGUAUACUGGAAUUGUUAUUUAUGCUCCUGCACUGGCUUUGAAUCAAGUCACGGGAUUUGAUCUAUGGGGCGCGGUAGUGGCGACCGGGGUGGUCUGCACAUUCUACUGCACGCUGGGUGGUCUUAAAGCUGUUAUCUGGACAGACGUGUUUCAAGUUGGGAUCAUGGUGGCUGGAUUUGUGACUGUGAUCAUACGGGCUGUGGUGGUUCAAGGCGGAAUCGACCCUAUUUUAAACGAUGCCUAUGAAGGUGGAAGAUUAAACUUCUGGAAUUUCGACCCUAACCCUUUACAAAGACACACAUUCUGGACAAUUGUUAUAGGAGGUACCUUCACGUGGACAAGCCUGUAUGGUGUUAAUCAAUCUCAAGUGCAGAGAUAUAUUUCCUGUAAAAGCAGAUUCCAGGCAAAAAUGUCUCUUUACAUCAAUCUUCUGGGCCUCUGGACAAUCCUCACCUGCUCAGUGUUUUGUGGGCUCGCCCUGUAUUCCAGGUACCACGACUGUGAUCCUUGGACAGCCAAGAAAGUGUCUGCUCUGGACCAGCUCAUGCCUUAUCUGGUAAUGGACAUUCUGCAAGAUUAUCCAGGACUUCCUGGACUUUUUGUGGCCUGUGCGUAUAGUGGAACAUUAAGCACCGUGUCCUCCAGUAUUAAUGCCUUGGCUGCAGUAACAGUGGAAGAUGUGAUAAAACUACGCUUCCAAUCACUCUCUGAAAGGUCUCUCUCUUGGAUUUCCCAAGGAAUGAGUGUGUUGUUUGGAGUCCUGUGUAUCGGAAUGGCUGCGCUGGCAUCAGUGAUGGGAGCUUUGUUACAGGCAGCACUCAGCAUAUUUGGCAUGAUUGGUGGACCACUUCUGGGCAUGUUUUCUUUGGGCAUUUUGGUUCCCUUUGCCAACUCAAUUGGAGCAUUUGUUGGUCUGAUGUCUGGAUUUGCCAUUUCUCUCUGGGUUGGAAUCGGAGCUCAGCUUUACCCUCCACGCCCCGAGAGAAUGCUGGUCUUACACCUCGAAACCUAUGGCUGCAACAGCUCAUCCAACGGGACCAGUUGGGUGACAGCCACAGAAAUGCCAUUGUCUACCAGUGUUUUUCAAAUCCACAACGUUGAAAGGACCCCGCUGAUGGAUAACUGGUAUUCUUUGUCGUAUCUGUACUUCAGCACUGUUGGAACUUUGGUGACAGUAUUUGUGGGGAUACUUAUCAGUUUACUAACAGGAGGAAGAAAACAGAACAUAGACCACAGAUUCCUACUAACCAAAGAGGACUUUUUAUCCAAUUUUGAUAUUUUUAAGAAAAAGAAGGCCGUUUUAAGCUACAAAUCUCAUCCAGUGGAAGAUGGUGGAAUGGAUAACCCUGCUUUCAACCACAUUGAAUUGAACUUCCCUGAUCAAAGUGGCAAGAUCAAUGGCACUCGUUUGUGAAGCAGCGCUGAUGAGAACUGAUCUUAAAUAGCAUCUCAAUUUUUUUCUUUUUUUUUUUGAGGCAGAGUCUCACUAUGUUACACUCGGGUAGAGUGCCGUGGUGUCGCAGCUCACAACAACCUCAGCUCCUUGGCUUAAGUGAUUCUCUUGCUUCAGCCUUCCAAGUAGCUGGGACGACAGGCUCCCGCCACAACGUCUGGCUAUUUAUUGUUGUUGUUGCAGUUGUCACUGUUGUUUAGCUGGCCCGGGCCGGGUUUGAACACAUCAGCCUGGGUAUCAGUGGGCGGCACCGUAACCACUGUGCUACGGGUGCCACCCAGCAUCUCAAUUUUAUGUGUUUUUUAAGAUAAUUGGAUCAGGCUUAGAUUUUUUUUUUUUUUUUUUUUUGGUCUAUUGUGUUUUGGGGGAUUCAUUUUUGUUAAACCAAAGUCCUGGCUUUCUUCUCUUCUUACACUUAUUCAUUAAUGUUACUGUGGCUCUAAGAAUUUGUGCGCAGACAUUUCUCUCUCUCUUGUUGCAGUGAAGCCACAGUUGUGAAAGUUAUGGCUAAGUGUGUGCUGAAAGGCUAAGACACACAUAUGCACAUGUUCGUGAUGGUCAAAGGCAUGUUCUUACAUUUGGGCAUUAUUGAAAAGUAUUUUCAGUGCCUUUGGCACAUUAGCGUGUUAGUUUGAGAGUUUGCCAAAAUCAUAAUUACAAUCAUAUUAGAAAGAGCUUUUUUCUCUCCUACCAUAUGCUCUGUUCUUAGGGAGCAAUAAGGUGACAGGUCUUGUUUAGAUCUUUGUUUCUUAUUCCUCUGUUGGCCCAGAGGGAAUAUUGACCUUGGAACUGACUCUGGCUCAGGAAGGUGAUAAUCACAAGUAUCCCAUCUGGAAAGAACCUGGGCCCAGUGAUGGAGGUCUUCUUGGUGCUACCUAUCUCUUCUUGUGCCUUUCGUUUUAUUUUCUAGAGUUUCUGGCCUUACACUGCCUAUAUUCCCCUUCUUAGACCAUAAUUCUUAUCUACAUUCCUAGUUUCCGACCCACAGACUUUGGUUUUGCCAUGCACCUUACCCGUGCCUGCCUUGCUAAUCUUCUGUUUGUUGCCCUGGGCUUGGAUAGGUCUCAAGACACCCAGUGUGGAUUAUGCCACCCCCAAUCCUGGUUCAUCAAGUCCCAGCCUAUAAAUUAUAAACUCUCAUGAGCCGCGUACUAGUGUAAACUUGAUCUAGGUACUUAUGAAUUUGCCAAUUCAGAACAUUAUUUUAUUUAAAAUGCUUAAGUCCUGGCUGGGUGCAGUGGCUCACGCCUAUAAUCCUAGUACUCCUGGAGGCUAAGGGGGGAGGAUUGCUUGAGCUCAGGUGUUUGAGCCUCAACAGCCUGAGCAACAUCAAGAUCCUGUCUCUACUAAAAAUAGAGAAACUAGUUGGGCAUUGUGGUGGGUGCCUGUAGUCUCAGCUACUGGGAAGGCUGAGACAAGAGGAUCGCUUGAGCCCAAAAGUUGGAGGUUGCCGUGAGCUAUGAAGCCAUGACACUCUAUUCAAAGCGACAAAGAGUCUGUCUCAAAAAAAAAGAAAAAGUUUAAGUUCCAUGGAGUUACACGACUGUAUUAAGUGCGAUUAAAUCAAACUUCUGAAUGCCAACUAAUUUGCAAUCAAUUAAGUUUAAAAGUGCAUAUGCUUAGAAAAUGUGAAAUUCUAGUAUAUUCAUCCAGUUAAAGACCUUAGUGACACAGUCAAGCAGGGGUUUUAAAAAUAUUCUACACUCAUGAAAUAUAUGCUUUGUGCCAUGUUUUAAAAUUUCAAGUAACUAAGUUGCUUAGCUGUUUAUUUUUUAUGUUCAUAGCUAACAGUUUGGUGAUAGGAUUUCCUCAAUAACUUAUUUUUCUACAGUUCCCACAUUAGAUACUUUUAAAAAGUGUUUUUAAAAAACUUUUUAAUGUUUCUAAAAAAGAUAAGAAAAAUAUUUAGAUACAUGCAAAUGUUUUAUAAUUAAAUAAUUUUAUGCUUAUUUUCUGAUCACGAAUUAUUUAAGUAAAUGUGCUCUGUACAUUUAGAGGCUGCUAUCUGACAACAUUAAGAAAUAAAAACAAUUGCUAUGUCUCAGGCACCUGUAGCUCAGGGCACCAGACACACGCACUGGGGCUGCAGGUUUGAACCCAGCCUGGGCCUGCCAAACAACAAUGAGAACUACAACAAUCACACACACACACAAAAAAAAUAGCUAGGUGUUGUGGUGGGCACCUGUAGUCCUAGCUACAUGGGAGGCUGAGGCAAGAGAAUCACGUAAGCCCAAGAGUCUGAGGUUGCUGUGAGCUGUGAUUUCAUAGCACUCUACUGAGGACGACAUAGUGAGACUCUGUCUCAAGAAAACCAAAACAAAACAAAACAAAAAAGCAAUUGGUAUGUUCCCACCUAGUGGGCACAAUGUAAGGGUCUAUGGCA